GGCCGUGCUUGCAGUCGGUUGUGAAGUGAUUGCGUUAGAACAAACAUUCGUUGUGAGUCAGUUUCUCGCAGGAUCAUGGCUGCUUCCCCGAACGAAAUCAACAGUGCUAAGAAGGUUAAUAAAAUCGGUGAAAUCGAUAUUUCAAGGCAAAGUGACUUCAACUAUUUCGUCAAUAAAUCUAAAAUGUAUAUAUUAAAUCUGAAUGAUGAUAAAAUGCAUUGCGAGGAAGCAAAAACUGAAUUAAACAUUGAAAAUGCAAAAUUGAAAGAGCAUAUGAAGCAUGUGCGUCAAAAUAUAUUUGCAUCUUCUCCUUUAAAAGUAAUCAGAAAUCGUACUUUUGCUGAUACUGUUCAUCAUUUUCAGACAACUCAACCCAAAAAGAAAGUUUUUUGCCUUUACGAUUGCUAUUAUUUAGUGAAAAAGUCUUUCACUGAAGGUGUUCAGCACGUGAAACGAGGGGAAACGCACAUCUACAAAGCUAUUGGAAAACCAUUGGACAUUUAUAUAUCAGAUAGACCCUUGCAGCUAAAGUCCUUGAGAAAUAGCUACGAUGAGUCAAAUAUGAGGCCAGAAAGAAUUCCUCCUGGAGAAACGAAAACUUUAUGUUCAGAUACUUACUACAUUGUCAUUGCUCCUUGCCAUACAGUUUUCAGAAAAGAGAUAAUAAGUGGAGAUGGAAAUUCCACUGAAACAUCGCCUUCAUUUGCAACCGAAGAAGAUUCCCAAGUUACGAAUGUUGUGGAAAACAGAAAUGGUUUGUCAUCAAACAAAGAAACAAACCAGCUUAAUAGUAUGAGCAGAUUAUCAGAGAAUGAGGCUCAGCCAUCGGGUUCGAGGGCUCAUCAGUAUGAUAAUACAACACAUUCUAUGGAAUUACAAAGUUUCACCGAGCCUGCAAUGGUACAUGGCAGUGCCAGUAGAGGUUCCAAAAGAUCAUCCACCGAGAGCGACAGGCAAUCGAAAAGAGAAAAGUCUCUCUUUUCUAAGUUUAAAGAUUUACAUUCACAGAUGCAGGCUGCUUUAACGCCACCAUCACCAAGUUCUUUAAGACACGAGGUGGAACAAAUCAGCGAAAGUCGUUCAGUAAAUGGUAGCAGUGACGACAACUGCCACCGAGCAGUAUUUGCAGUUCGGCGGGACAAAAACAUCGAAUCCUAUGCUUUAAGGCCCGAUUCCACUUUUCAGGUGAUUCAAGAUAGCAUAAUGACUGGAUCGUUUGCUAUCGAGAACGAGGAUAUGGACCCAUUCGUUAUCGAAUAUCACGGCGAAGUGCAGUUCAUUCGAGAGUUAGCUAGGUUUAAGAAUGGGUCUACAUUCGAGACAACACUCACCGUUCAGAAGGAUCUGUUGAAUGAAUUGCUAGAUUCUACAAGGAGAAAGGAGAAAGUCAUUGUGAACUAUUUCUUCGAGGUUGCUUUCAAAACCAUUGAAGCCACUUAUAAAAGGUUUUCUGAAAUGCGAAAUACAAAGAUGAUUGGUAGCUGCGUACCAGCUAUUGUUCCGCUGUGUGAUGCUAAAUUUUCUGGUGUUGUCCCUGACAUUUAUGAGGCAAAGCCUUAAAAACUUACAACUUUUCCUGCCACAGGUAGCACAUCUUGUUGCACAAUAUUAUACAAUAUUGUGCAACAGGAUAAUAUAUUAUAUAAUUUAAUAUUCAACAAUAUUAUUCCAUAUUGCGAAUGUUGUUUAAUAUCAUACAAUAUAUAUGUGUUGCUAGGGGGCAGGACUUGAUUGAUUAAGAUAAUAUUUAUAGUUUAUGCAUAUAUUUUAUAGCUUAUCUAUAUUAGUUAUUUUUAUUAAAGAAGUCUUUCUUUUGAAUUUUUCAUGUAGAUGCGAUUUGUUGCUAUAAGUAAAAUAAAUUGAGGAGGAAUCAAAUACAUAAAACUUCCAGAACUUAUUAAAAGAACCCGAUCCUUUCAAAAAUAUUAUGAUAAAAGGUAUAAGCUUGGUAAAAAUCAAAAAAGUUCUUCAAAAAAUGCUUUAGAUUAUUAAUGUAUAAAAGCAGAAAAAAAUAUUUAUAAGAAAUUAAGCAUGUCAUAAAACCAUUAGGGCUCAAAUAGGAAUAUUAUGAACAAAACGGAAUUUUAAUUAUUUUUAGAAAGCAUUUUUAAAUUUUUAAUAACUUUUCCUGAAUUUUUCUUUAUAAAUUCAUUGAGACUUGAUUUCUUUAAAGCUUUGUUUUUCGCAUCUUAUUGUUUCGCGAUUUUGUUUUGACUUCCAUAUUUUCGAUAAAUCAAUUUUUUUCUUUUUACUUUCUAGAACCUUUCAUAAAAAAGGGUGUUUUUUUAUAACUUUAUUUUUAUUUUUUUCUACUUUUUAAUUUUUUAUAAUUCAUUAUUGUAUACAUCAUGGAAUUUUAAAAUCAGCUUUAUCUCUAGUUCUCUAUAGAAGUGUAUCGUGCAUAUGAAGUCACAAUUUAAUCAAUAUUAAUUGAUUAACUGUUGUUUCUGUUUAGAAAAUAUUGACAUCGGGAACACUAACUAUAAAAAAGACUUAUUAUUAAUUAAAAAUGAAAACAUAAAGCAAAUCACAACAAAGUGUGCAAAAACGAAAAGAAAUUUGAAUGAUUAUAAGAUAGAUUAGGAAAAUAAAUAUAUUGAAUCCUUGCUAAAACAAAUAACUCUAAUAAAUAAAAGGAUUUGUUACGCAUAAGGAUUUUUUUCCAGUGAUUUUUAAGAGGCUGAAGAUGAAGCCUCAUCCUUGGGAACUAGACACUGGCGUUCCACGUUAUGCUGCCCACUUAACCGGACAUAUGCCUCGCAAUCCUGGGCCCUCGGACAAGAAGGCAGAUAUGGGCACUGUAGGCCUUGGCUCACAUAGGACUGUCGCACCACUGAGUUUAGUUUUUGGAUAUAAAAAUUUCUCAAUGUAUUUUGCAACUUCGGAAUUAAAGAAUAAAUAUAUUUAUUCAAAAAGUUUUCACGAUUUACCUUAAAUGUUCCAUAAUACGGGAAAAAAAAAGAUAUUGCCAGUUAUAAAUCAAAUUUCAGCAUUUAAAAAAUGGAUAAAAAUGCAAUUUAUCUCUUAAUUUUGAAACUAGACAAUACUUUUUAUCAUGCACUAACUUUUUCUACAGAAUUUUAAAAAAUCUUAUAAAAUACAUUUUUGCUUUAUACCUAUUUUUAUACAUAAAAAACUUUUUUUCCCAACUUUUGAAACACGUUUGACUUUUAACCAGAAUUCUUGUUCCA